UAUAAUAGGUUAAGCAUUUGUUGUCCUUUGUCCUUUGAUGUUUACAUUUAUCAUUUUGCUUAAUUGUAUUAAUGUUCCCGUGAAAUAUUAAUAGUUUUCAUAAUGAAUAUCCUAAGUAUUCGUUAUUAAGUUUUAUUAGUGAAUUUAUAUGUUGAAUAUUUUAAAUCAAUUAAUUUUAAAAUUACUUGCAGCUGUCAUAAUUGCUUAUAUGACAGCUUUUGUGCGUGUGCAGUGUUAACAAUAGUGUAAUAAAGGAAUAAAGCAUUUGAUACACGUAAUAUGUCCAGAACAAAAGAUGUUCCGUAUGGAGCGCACAUUGUCUCGAAAAUUACAAAUAAAUGUUGCCCUUGUCAUCAAUCAACACGAUUGUUAUGGAAUCAAGGUGUUAUUUUGGUUCUUACUUUCAUCGCCUACAUGUGCUAUCAUUUGACAAGAAAACCAAUAUCUGUGGUUAAAAAUGUAUUGACUGCCAAUUGUAGUAAUUUAUCGCCACCGCCAAAUUUUUCUGUCAACUCUAGCAAUCGAGACACAUGGUGUGAUUGGGCUCCUUUUGAUUCUCAUGAUGCAUCGGCAUUACUUGGAACUCUUGAUUCAGCAUUUUUAUUUGCAUAUGCUGGUGCGAUGUUUCUUAGUGGCUUUAUUGCUGAAAGGGUAAAUCUUCGUUACUUUUUGGCUCUGGGUAUGCUUACAUCUGGAAUCGCAUCUUAUUUAUUUGGAAUAGCAAGAUCAUACAAUAUACAUAGUCUUUCUUAUUUGAUACUGGUUCAGACAUUUGGUGGAAUAUGUCAAACCACUGGCUGGCCAGGGGUUGUUACAGUCGUUGGAAAUUGGUUCGGAAAAGGAAAUCGCGGUUUGAUAUUUGGAAUUUGGAAUUCACACACUUCUUUAGGAAAUAUUUUAGGCACUACAAUUGCAGCUCAAUAUGUUGAAACUGAUUGGGGUUUAAGUUUUAUUGUGCCUGGAGCCAUAAUGGGAAUUUGUGGCUUUAUUAUUUUUUUGUUUUUAGUACCUCAUCCAGAAAAUAUUGGCUACUCGACACCUGGACCAAUUGCAUACAGAAAAAUUGAUACACCUGGAAGUUCAGAUGAAAGUAGUGGUGGAGAUGAAGAAGCACGAAAUAGUGAUGAGAAUGUGGCUUAUCGGCGUGGCUGGCACCAACAAAACGAUUUUAAUGAAACGGAAAAUCUACGAACAGAAACGAGUCCUAUGCUGUGCAUCAAUAGACAUAAUGCAAAAAAUGAAAAACCUAUAGGAUUUUUAGGAGCAAUGUAUAUUCCAGGUGUUCUCGAAUAUUCAUUUUCAUUAUUCUUCUCUAAACUUGUCAGUUACACAUUUCUUUACUGGUUACCACUCUAUAUAGCUGCUUCAUCAAAUUAUAGUGCAUCAGAUAGUGCUAAUCUUUCAAUUUUAUUUGAUAUUGGAGGAAUUUUUGGUGCCAUUGUGGCUGGUAUGCUGUCGGAUUAUUCUGGAAUGAGCGCUUUAACUUGUGCUGUAAUGCUUUCUUUUGCAGUUCCUACACUUUUUAUUUAUGAUUAUUUGGGAACAGUCAGUGUAGGUGUGAAUAUUUUAUUAUUACUUGUGGCAGGGUUUUUAGUGAAUGGACCUUAUGCUCUUAUAACAACAGCUGUAUCUGCAGAGCUAGGUACACAUUCAAGUUUGGGCAAUAAUUCAAAAGCUCUUGCAACAGUUACGUCCAUUAUUGAUGGAACUGGUAGCAUAGGAGCCGCUAUUGGCCCAUUAUUAGCUGGUCUUGUUUCCAGCUAUUACGGAUGGCACAAUGUUUUUUACAUGCUUAUGGCUGCGGACAUCUUAUCUCUUUGUCUACUGUUGAGGUUGGUUUAUAGAGAUAUUAGAAUGCUAAUCCAGAGAAGAUGGACCGUUUGACUGUGAUAUUAUUUAAGAUAAGAAUAAUUCUCAGUUAUUUAAUUAUACAAGAAAUAUAAAAAAAUAUAUUAAGUAUUUUAUUGCUAAACACAAAGAUUUUACAAAUCUCUUACAGUAUAUUUUUAUUUACUGCCAAAUUGGCUGUUGUAAAAAAAAUGACAAAAGUAUUCAACUAGUUUAUUUCAUUAAUGUUAUUAAUUGGAAACUUUUAUAUUAAUAGUUUUAAGUGUGAAUCCUUCGUAUUUACACUAGUUGGUUAUUUCUAAUGCUGUGAAUAGUAAGGUCAAAAAUUUAAUUGAGUAUGCAUUUUUAAAACGUACCACCCAAAACCGUAAGGAAUUUAUUUUUUUAUAGUGAUGUUUAUUAAAGUCAUUAUACUAAAGAAUUUUUAAUAAUAUUUGUUUUUGUUAUUAACAAAUUAAAGAUUUUUUACUUUUUGAGUCAGAAAAAUUAAGCGAUAAAAAUAAUAGAAACAAAAUUAUUUGAUUUUUGAUACAUUUAAGAAAUCCUCAAAUGUGAAUAUUAAGGGGUUAAUAUAAAAUGGAGUUAGCUCUUAAAAAUGAACUUUUUAAAGGCAUUUAAUUAAAACUGAUACCAGGAAUAAAGAAUUUAUUAUAAAAACGAAAAAAAA